AUGGAAGAACAAAACGAACACCUCCCACUGAAGGGUGUUUGCGCGGAUCUUCAUGGGGAUGCAUAUUCCGACCGGCGAGUCACAAAUGAGAAUGAGAAACAAGAGAUAGCAUACAGAGCACGAUGGAGUCUCGCGCCAAGGGCCCGGAGCGUACAAGUGCGAUAUCAGGAUAUUACGAUUGGCAUGCUGCAUGAGCUGACAGGCCUAGACGCAGGUAAGCCCUCAGCAGGCACUGUGAUGCUUGGGGGCCGAGGAGCAAUAGACUUCGUCAACUGCAGUGGAACAAGGAGGGCAGCGGCGAGAGCAGGCGAGCGUGACGCGAAGGAAUUGCUGGUGGAGAUGGGCGGGUCUCAAGCUAACGGGAAGGAGUUGUCCAUCCGCAGGUUGAUCCCUGAACAGCAGCGAUUGGCGUCGCUUAUCCCUUCAAGGGGAUCCAGUGCUGUCCUCGGUGUUUCUCCAAGGCCCAAUCAAUGUGGCCAAAGCAACCUGGCCUCGUGGCCGACCACGAGGACGCCUAGUCGACAAUGCAUGCCGACGGUGGGUCAAGUUUGUACACAGAGCACACACUCCCACACGGAUUCACAGUAUCUACGAAGUACUCAGUGUCUCACCACUUAUGCCAAGCCUAAAACCUCCCAAGGGCAUGAAACUGCCCAAUAG